ACACAUCUCCAAAGCCAGCAAAAGCAAAGGCUUCCUUCCUUUCUUCUUCUCAAUGGCAAAUUGCCAUUAGUAUAUAUGACCCUGCCAUCUUCAAGGAAACAACAAAGCCAAAGCUUCUUCUUCUCCAAAAGCAAAUCUUUCACCUGCACAAUCUCUCUCUCUCGCACCAGCCAUGGACGUUCCAGAGGCAGAGCUUGACCUUAACAACUUCACCAACGACCAUGUAAUCCUAUUCACUAGUACAACUACAGACCAACCAAACUUCAUGCUCAAAGCCUCUCCGGCCACUGCUGCCGAACCAACAACCCUCCAAACCCCAUCCCGAACGAAAACCCUCCGCCGCCUCGCCUUCUCCAAGCCCAAGUCCCGCUUCUCCGAACCCGCCACCUUCCCAUUUUCACCCAAACCCACCAUCACCAUCUUCGAAGGCCCCGACGAGCUCCAGCCCUUAAACCCCCCGCCCGAACCCACCUCCUCCUCCUCCUCCUGCUCUUCCGACGAUGACGAUGACGAUGAUGAAUGGCUCGACGGGGAUGAAGACGAACAGCGGGGAAAGCACUGGAGGUGGCGCCGGAAUAACAAGAUCAACAAGCGGGCCGCCAUCGAGUGGACGCUCUUCCUCAUCAUCACCACCUGCCUCGUCUGCUCCCUCACGAUCGAGCCCCUCGCUUGCCGCCCCGUCCUCGGCCUCAUGCUGUGGAAGUGGUGCGUGAUGGUCCUGGUCCUGUUCUGCGGCCGCCUUGUCUCCGGGUGGGCUGUGGGGCUCCUCGUCUUCCUCAUCGAACGCAACUUCAUGCUCCGCGAGAAGGUCCUCUACUUCGUGUACGGCCUGCGGCGGAGCUUCCAGAACUGUGCGUGGCUCGGGCUCGUGCUCGUCGCGUGGGUGAUCAUGUUCCCGAACGUGCGCGGUGGCAACUACCAGGUGGUCAGGCGGGCGUUCCGGAUCCUCAUCGCAGUGCUCGUCGCGGCCACCUUCUGGCUGGUGAAGAUCGUGCUGGUGAAGGUGCUGGCUUCGUCAUUCCACGUCACGACCUUCUUCGACCGGAUGAAGGAGAGCGUGUUCCACCACUACGUGCUCGACGCGCUCUCCGGCCCGCCACUGGAGGAGGAGGAGAGGGAGGCUCCGCUCCGGCACGGCUUGCAGGUGUCGAAGUCUCUGCCGGCAAGGUUGCGAGGCGAUGUGCCGGCUCAACAACAACUACUGAUGGUGACGAAGUCGACGAGGUUCGGGUCAAGGAAGAUCGACAUGGAGAAGUUGAAGAAACUGAGCAUGAAGGGCCGACCCACGGCUUGGACCGUGAAGCGGCUCGUCAACUACGUCCGCUUCUCCGGCCUAUCUACCAUUUCCCGAACCGUCGACGACUUCACCAAGGCCGAGUCUUCCGAGAUCAACAGCGAGCGGGAGGCCAGGAGCUGCGCCCACAGGAUCUUCAAGAAUGUCGCCAACCCCGGUGCCAAGUACAUAGAAGAAGAGGAUCUACUGAGGUUCCUGAAGAGAGAGGAAGUGCAUACUAUAUUCCCGCUCUUCGAAGGUGCAAUGGAGACGGGAAGAAUUACGAAGUCUUCCUUCAGAAAUUGGGUGGUGCACGCCUAUUUCGAGCGCAAGGCACUUGCGCAUUCCCUUAACGACACUAAGACUGCCGUGCAACAGCUGCACAAGUUGGCCAGUGCAAUCGUUGUGGUGAUCAUAAUCAUCGUCUCGCUCCUGGUCUUGGGGCUGGCAACAACCAAGGUGAUCUUUGUUGUCACGUCACAGCUACUGCUCGUGGGGUUCAUGUUCCAAAACACCUGCAAGACCGUGUUUGAGUCCAUCAUCUUUGUCUUCGUGAUGCACCCUUUCGACGUCGGUGACCGCUGCGUCAUCGAUGGCAUUCAGAUGAUUGUAGAGGAAAUGAACAUUCUGACCACGGUGUUCCUGCGGUAUGACAUGGAGAAAAUUUAUUACCCAAACUCAGUCCUCCUCACGAAGCCAAUUAGCAAUUUCAGGAGAAGCCCGGACAUGGCCGAUACUAUUGAUUUUGCCGUCGACGUUUCCACUUCAAUCGACACCAUCAAUGCUCUCAAGAAGGCCAUACAAUCGUACAUAGAGAGCAAGCCGAAGCAUUGGAGCCCGAAGCACUCGGUGAUAGUGAAGGAGAUCGAGAACGUGAACAAGAUGAAGAUGUGCCUGUGCGUCCAGCACACGAUGAACCACCAGAACUACGGUGAGAGGAGCAGCCGGAAGUCAGAGCUCAUCCUGGAAUUGAAGAAAAUGUUCGAAAACUUGGACAUCAAGUAUCAUCUCCUGCCUCAGGAGAUCCAUCUCUCCCAGGUCAACCUGCCCACUGGCACUACAAGAUUUGCCAAUGUCAUGUGAUAUUGAUCUUGACGUAAUGUAGUGACUGUCUCUCUCUCUCUCUCUCUCUAUAACAACGCCGUGCCUACUCAUAUGUCAUAUAUGGGGAUAACGAUGAGGAUUGAAGUUAUGUUGAGGUGUGCGUAAAGUUAUUAGCAAAAUGUCAAGAAAGAAUGUGUUAAUAUAUGUUUUGCACAAUGAAACUGAUAAAGAUCUGUAUUCAAUCGUACUUUCUGGCGUA